AUGUAUAGAAAUAGAUCAAUUACAGAUGAACAUAUAUACUGGAAAAGUGAACUUCCUGAAGACAAUGCUGAGCGAGUGCAUCAUCUACAUAGAAUUUAUAUACACCUUGUAUUGUUUGUAUCUGCACAAGGUGGCAGCAUAGCACAUGUUCACCCAAAACAUCUGUUGUCUUAUGAUGAUUAUUUGGUUUACAUGAAUUCCAAAAUCAAUCAUCUGAAAAACACCAAGAACGAGGAGUCUAAAAAUUUUAAAAUUCUGGAUGCCCAUAAAUUUAAACUACGCUGUACACAGUCAUGGCUGGACAUCAUACUGCAGCUUCAAAAAGUUUUUAUUUUACGAAAAAUUACAGUCCAAACAGUGGAUGAAGUAUCAAGAUGUUUCAAGUUCCCAGCACCAAGCUGUGGAAGUAUGACACACAGAACAAUGGAUUCUGACUAUUACACAAACAUUUCAGAACAAGAUAUGAAAGACUCAUCUGAAGGAGGACCAGUUGAUCCAUUAACGAGCAAUGUGUACAGCACAGCAGAGUACACUUUAUUGGCAUGGCUUGGUGCACACUACUCAGCCCAGAGGCAGCAGCUUUGGACAGACAGCAGCUCUCCGCCACAACGUACAGUUAACAAUUUCAGCUCAGAUCUACAAGAUUCACUUGUGCUGUCAGCUGUUACAGCAUCUCACUGCCCAUACCUUAUCCCACUUUAUCUUAGUAAAGUACUCCCUAAUCCCACAAAUUUGUCACAGCUCUAUCACAAUGCACGUUGCGUAUGUGAUGCAUGGGAAGCAGUUGGCCUUGGAUUUACAGUGACUGCUGCAAAUAUUGUUAAUGCAAGUCCACCAUUUACAGUGGGGCUGGUAGCACACCUUUAUGAAUUCCUGCCAGGGGUCUAUCCUCAAGAAACUAUCUACUUCAAUACUGAUUUAGGAGGAGAAAUAACUCAUGAGAUAGUUUUACAGAACUUGUCUAAAAAACGAGUCACAUUCUUUCCUCGUAUUAUUGGUGACACAGCAAACUUAUUUUCGAUUGAAUACAAACCUGGCCCUUUCCAUAUACUUGCAUCAAAGAAAAUUAAAAUUCCCAUAAAAUAUAAUGCAAGAAAAAUCAACAGAGUACAAGCUGAAGUCCCCAUAGCUAAUGGCCCUAUUAAACUUAGGAAAAACACACACACACACCUUUACACAAUGGUGCAAAAUUUCUGCUCAGGCAACUGCUGGGUAACAACAAAUGGCAUGAAGUUCAAAAAUAGUGUAUUCUGUGAUUACUGCUUUUCAGAAAUUCAUAUUUUUUACAUUUUAUUAUUUGUUCUGAGAGAAAAAUACAGGAAACCAACCUGGCCAACCCUAUACUUGUUAGGUUUUUAUUAA